AUGGAGAGCUCCCUGCUAGGCGGGUCAGACUCUCACACCCUCCAGCUGAUGUACGGCUGCGACGUGGGGUCCGACGGGCGCCUCCUGCGCGGGUACGACCAAUACUCCUACGACGGCGCCGACUACAUCGCCCUGAACGAGGACCUGCGCUCCUGGACGGCGGCGGCGGGCACGCAGGCUUGGAUCAGCAAGAGCAAGUUGGAGCAGGCGGGUGAGGCUGAGUAUCAGAGGAACUACCUGGAGGGCAGGUGCAUGCAGUCUCUGAGGAGAUACCUGGAACACGGGAAGGACACGCUGCUGCGCACAGAAGCCCCCAGAAGCCACAUCACCCACCACCCCUUCUCUGACCAGGAGGUCACCCUGAGGUGCUGGGCCCUGGGCUUCUACCCUGCCGACAUCACCCUGACCUGGCAGCGUGAUGGGGAGGACCUGACCCAGGACACAGAGCUGGUGGAGACCAGGCCUGCAGGGGAUGGAACCUUCCAGAAGUGGGCGGCUGUGCUGGUGCCUUCUGGAGAGGAGCAGAGAUACACGUGCCGUGUGCAGCACCAGGGGCUGCCGGAGCCUGUCACCCUGAGAUGGGAGCCCCCUUCUCAGCCUACCAUCCUCACUGUGGGCAUCAUUGUCGGCCUGGCUAUCCUCGGGGCUGUGGUCACUGGAGCUGUGGUGGCAGCUGUGAUCAGCAGGAGGAAGCGCUCAGGUGAGAAAGGAGGACAGUACACUCAGGCUUCCCACCUGCUGGGGCUCUGA